AUGGCGAUGGAAAUAGAGGGAGUCCAUAGGAUAGGUGAUAAGGAGCUGUUCUGCAAAGCUUGGAAGCCGGAUGAACCCUCGAAAGCGAAACUCGUUUUUGUGCAUGGUUUCAACGAUCAUACCAACCGCUAUCACGACCUAUUUUCUAUUCUAGCAUCGCGGGGCGUCGAGGUCCACGGGUUCGACCAACGAGGAUGGGGCCGAUCAGUCACAAAGCCAUCUGAAAGGGGAUUGACAGGCCCCACGAGUCAAGUCAUCGCAGAUGUCGCGUCUUUCGUUCGAACACAGUUACCAUCCGAAGUCCCCGUUUUCGUGAUGGGACAUAGUAUGGGUGGUGGAGAGGUGCUGAUGCUAGCGAGCGAUCCGGCGUAUGAGGAUGUGACGGCUGGCGUCCGAGGCUGGAUACUGGAGAGUCCUUUCAUCGGGUUCCCAAAAGGCUUCGAGCCAGGAAGCGUGACUGUCUUCUUCGGUCGCCUGGCUGGCAGACUGUUUCCGCAUCUCGCGCGUCAGUCGGCGCUCCCUCCGCAGAAUCUCACCCGAGAUCCGAAAGUUGUCGAAUCACUCAAGGAGGAUACGCUGAUCCAUGACUAUGGAACUCUAGAAGGCUUGGCCGGUAUGCUGGAUCGGACAGCUGCCUUGAACGAGGGCCGCACGAGGUUGAACAAAGGCGUGAGGAGCAUCUGGUGUGGGCACGGGACGGAGGAUAAGGGCACGAGUUACGAAGCCAGUAAGGCAUGGGUAGCAAGACAGACGCAAAUCCAGGACAAAGAAUUCAAAUCAUACGAAGGUUGGUCUCAUCAGCUACAUGCAGAUCUGCCUGAAAACACGCACAUAUUUGCCAAAGACGUCGGGGAUUGGAUCAUGGCUAGACUUGGGCCUGACGACGCACAGCUUAAGCCAGCGUCAAGAUUAUGA